GUUACAAGCCUGAAUCAAGAAGAAGUCGCCCUACCGGAAGACAGUAGUUAAUAUAGCCUUGUCGUAGGUAUUCAGUUGCUAACUCAAAUAUCAGGAUAAAUACAACAUUUUUCUUUUAUUAAAAUGGCAGGUAUAUCGCGAAGUGUUACGGACGACUUGUUCGACUCGAUUAUAAUGGCAGACGACAGGUUCCAUGUAGAUGGAUAUCAUAAAGGAUUUGAGGAAGGAAUGCAACAAGGAUUCAUUGAGGGCCGAAACCAUGGGAUGCUUCAUGGUGCCAAACUCUCAGCUGAGGUUUCUUUUUAUCAUGGGUUUGCACUCACUUGGAAAUGUCUCCUGCAAAACACUGAAGAUGUUAAAGCAAGGAAACGACUGAAAGCUGUUGAGACUUUGGAUGCAAUGAUCCAGACUUUUCCAUAUGAAGACCCACAGUAUGAGAACCUCCAGGAAAACAUGGAAAGAGUGAGGGCCAAGUUUAGACAGGUGUGUUCUUUACUCAGCGUGACUGCAGAUUUUCGUGAGUAUGUGUCUGGAUCAGAAGGAAUGUCAUUCUGAACAACUGCUGAGCUGAACUCUUUUCUGAGAUUUGGAUCACAAGUCGUCUUUGACUCGCAGCACACCGAAAAAGAGAGAGAGAGACGUGCCGUUGUGUUGUAUAUGCAGGCAUGUCCAGUGAACAGUGGGAAUGUUUUUGGAAAUGUAAUGCUGUGGGGUUGAUGUUUGACAUUCCUCGUUACGUUAAAGUAAAAAAAGAAGGAAAUAAGACAGGGACUAAUCCUGGGAUAGUCCUUUUUAGAAGAUUGGUAUAUCCUGAUCUCUGAUCAAUAACUGGUUGAAUUUGGCUUUCUGGUAGAUUUUGUCCUCAUGUGCAUAAACACCAUCUGGUGGUUAAGUUGGAGAAAACAGCCACCAUCAGACAUUUUUAUCUUCAUGGAUGCAUAUCUCCACCUGCUGGCGCAGAUCAGAACUAGAUUGACUUUUUCAAUCCUGGGUAAUGCUGACUGAAUCAACACAUAUACAGCAUUCCAUCUAUAUUUCACUCAGAAGUGUCUUGGUUCUUAUUAACAAGUGCAAUAAAGAAGUGUAAUGAUCAGAGAUGUGAGAGAUUCAGAAAAAUAUUUUAUGCAAGAUUGCUAGUUUGCAUUAAUUGCUACACUCAGCUUUGAUCAAAUAAUAAUUUAAUAACUACAUAAACAAGGAAUUAAACAUGAUGGCGCAUGUUAGAAAAAAAAAAAUCAACUGGAUGGUGCAUUGUUAGCACAUCCCGAUGUGUUUAUUCCUGUUAAACUACAUCGAUUUGCCAAAAAAUAAAAUAUUUAAUUUAUUACAGAA